CUGGCGCCCGCGGCGCAUGUGCCCAGCGCCCCCUCCCCGGCCCUGGAUUCCACUUCCCCUCCGCUCGCGCUGCAGCGGCAGCUGCCUCCAGGCCCCGCGCCGCCUCCGGAGUCCAUGGCCGGAACGCGCUGGGUACUCGGGGCGCUGCUCCGGGGCUGCGGCUGUAACUGCAGCAGCUGCCGGCGCACCGGCGCUGCCUGUUUGCCCUUUUAUUCCGCCGCUGGCUCCUUCCCCUCGGGCGUUUCGGGCCGCCGCCGCCUGCUGCUGUUACUAGGGGCCGCUGCGGCCGCCGCCUCUCAGACGCGGGGCCUCCAGAUCGGGCUUGCGCCCGCCGGGAGGCUGGCGGGCCCUCCACCUGCGGCCACCUCAGCGGCGGCCGUGGCCGCCGCCUCCUACCCUGCAUUGCGCGCUCCUCUGCUACCGCAGUCGCUGGCGGCCGCCGCGGGCUCCGCGCGGAGCUACAGCCAGGAGUCCAAAACUACCUACCUGGAGGACCUUCCACCACUCCCUGAGUAUGAAUUGGCCCCAUCCAAGUUAGGAGAGGAGGUGGAUGAUGUUUAUCUCAUUCGAGCUCAAGGAUUGCCUUGGUCAUGUACUGUGGAAGAUGUGCUUAACUUUUUCUCAGACUGCAGAAUCCGCAAUAGUGAGAAUGGAAUACAUUUCCUUUUAAAUAGAGAUGGGAAACGAAGGGGUGAUGCCUUAAUUGAAAUGGAGUCAGAGCAGGAUGUGCAGAAAGCCUUAGAAAAGCACCGCAUGUACAUGGGUCAGCGAUAUGUGGAAGUAUAUGAGAUAAAUAAUGAAGAUGUGGAUGCCUUAAUGAAAAGCCUACAGGUCAAGUCGUCACCUGUGGUGAAUGAUGGUGUAGUUCGAUUAAGAGGACUUCCUUAUAGUUGCAAUGAGAAAGAUAUCGUGGACUUCUUUGCAGGACUGAAUAUAGUGGACAUUACUUUUGUAAUGGACUAUAGAGGGAGAAGAAAAACAGGGGAAGCAUAUGUGCAGUUUGAAGAACCAGAAAUGGCCAACCAAGCCUUGUUGAAACACAGGGAAGAAAUUGGUAACCGGUAUAUAGAGAUAUUUCCAAGCAGAAGGAAUGAAGUUCGAACCCAUGUUGGCUCUCAUAAGGGAAAGAAAAUGGCAUCUUCUCCUACUGCUAAGUAUAUAACUGAGCCAGAAAUGGUCUUUGAAGAACAUGAAGUAAAUGAAGACAUUCGACCCAUGACAGGUUUUGAAAAUGAGAAGGAGAUAGAAUUGCCUAAGGAGAUGUCAGAAAAGCUUCCAGAAGCUGUUGAUUUUGGAACUACGCCUUCAUUGCAUUUUGUCCACAUGAGAGGAUUACCUUUUCAAGCUAAUGCCCAAGACAUUAUAAAUUUUUUUGCUCCCCUGAAGCCUGUGAGAAUCACCAUGGAAUACAGUUCCAGUGGAAAGGCUACUGGAGAAGCUGAUGUGCACUUCGAUACUCAUGAGGAUGCUGUUGCAGCUAUGCUCAAGGAUAGGUCCCAUGUUCAGCAUAGGUAUAUUGAACUGUUCCUGAAUUCAUGUCCAAAAGGAAAAUAAGACUUCCAGGGACUCCAGAUAGUAAGGAUGAAGCAAGAAGCAUUUCAUUUGCACAUCUUUCUUGGACAUGGGCUAUAAAGUUCCUGUUUAUUGGCAGAAACUGCUAGAGAAAGGAUUUUGGGUUUGGGGUUAAUGCUUCUAAGAAAAAUUCAUAGUGAACAAUUGAGAAGGAGAAAGAUUCAAUUUGGUAUUAUGAAAUAAACCACAAAUCUUAAAUUUUUGUUUAAACUGUUCAGGAUCUGAUUAAGAAAAUCUGAUUAAUUCUUUAUUUUAUAUAAUUAAGCAGUUUGUUUUUAUAGAGGAUAUGUUACCCAUUGUAAAGACUACAUAUUUUUAUUCAGUACUAUCUUUAAAAAAUCUUUUUCUCAUUUAAAAAAUAAUCUG